AUGGCGACGAAACCGUCGCCGACUAAUGGCAGCGACAAGACAAGGACUCCAGUAGGUGUCUCCGUAGGUAGCAGACUGGGGGUAACCGGCGCUAAACCGUCGGCAGCAGUAGUAGCGAAGGGUGGAUCAUUCAUACGCGGCGGAAUCGCCAGCACUAGCAGGGGAACCUCAGCUAGAAUUAUGAAAGGAUCCACAGGGAAUAAGAGCAAGGCAGCUUUAGCUAGAAAGCUAAAGUCUGACCGCCGAUUGGCGGCCAAAAUCUUGGAGCGCUACGGUGACAAGCAUGCUGGUCAGGUGUCUGAGCAGCAUGCUAGUACGCUUGAGUGGGCCAAGAAAGUGCUGAGCGAGGACGAUAGGGUAGAACUGAAAACCAGCAGGACAGAACCGGCGGUCAAGCGGCAGAGGUCGCAUGAGGGAGAAACCUCCCUUGUUAAGAAACCGCGGACAGGAAAAGCGCCAACCUUCAGCGAAAUCGCUAAAGGUGCUGGGGCCAGAAUACUGGGGGUGCUUGACCGCAGUAGAGAGGACGGUGCCAUCUCCCAUGAUGAAUGGAAGAGGGUAGCAGCGGCUAUCUCAUCGGUCUUCCUGAGGGUGGUCAAGGAAAACCCGGGGCCACCCCCGAAAUGUGUGAGUGCCGGUUGGCACCAGGGGCUACAUAAGCUCACUUGUUGUGCUGAUGAGAGAUCGGCCAUCUUGUACAAGAAGGCAGUCUCUCAGGUGGGGGAGGUCUGGAAGGGAGCCAGACUGGAGGCCGUGGCCAAGGAGGAUCUUCCCCUUCGUCCUAGGGCUCGAGUCUGGCUGCCGGCCGAACCUUCCACUCCGAGUGAGAUUGAGGAAAUCCUCAAAUAUUGCAAUCCCUCACUUCCAGCGCAGGACUGGAAAGUCUUAUGGCUGGAGAGGACUGAUGAACCGUAUCGGCAAGCGCUGAUAAUGCUAAACACGGAAUCCAUCGGUCCUCUCAGCAAAACAAAGGGAGCCAUAAGCUAUGGUUUUGAGAUGGUAGUGCUGAAAGUACUUCCAUCUGAUGCCAGGGCUGAUGGCCCCCAAGCUGCGGUGCCUGCGGUGGAGGUGUCGAAGGUUACUGACGGUCAAACGACCGUGGAAAUCGGUGCGACAGAGGGCGCCAACGGUCAAAUGACCGUGGAAAUCGAUCCGGAUCUCUCGGAUGUGGCGAGUGUUGGGGGCGGUUCGUCGAUUGGCGACUCCGUCUUCAGCCUCGAACGACUGUUUGAGGAGGUUCGGGUCGACCACGACUUGGGCGCUGAAAUAGCGCUCCUGGAGGAAAGUCUGAAGGAUGAAAUUCCUCCAGAUUAACCUCCAGCAUGCGAAGGCGGCCUCCGCCAAUCUAUUGCUCCGUCUGGAACAAGAUGGAGCUGAUGUCGUCCUGAUCCAGGAACCGUGGCUGACUGGUAACGGGAUAUCUGGAUUGAGGACAAAGAGCCACAGGCUCCUGUCGGCCAAGGGUGCAGGUAGGAACAGAGCCUGUAUGCUGGUAAGGAAUGAAUUAACGGUAUUUCUUUUACCUAAUUUCAGCAGUGCUGACAUUGUGACAGCGAAACUGGAGUGUGACACCGGAGAUUUCUGGCUUAUCUCCGCAUAUAUGCCACACGAUGAUGUGGUGGAGCCACCUCCCCUAAUGCUGAGAAGGACCUUAGCCGAAGCGUCUAAGGCUGGCACUGGCGUCAUCAUCGGCUCCGACGCUAACUCGCGGCACCAGAUCUGGGGAAGCUCGGAUACGAACAUUAGAGGUGAGUCGCUUUUUGAUUUCAUUAUUGGCGAAGAUCUUCGCAUUUGUAAUAGAGGAGA